AUGGCAUAUUCCUAUUUUUGUUGCAUUGGUUUUGCCAAAUGGUUACAGUCCAAAGCAACCAAGAUCCAGGAGAUGGCGAGUGACUCCGCGAAACUGAACUGGCGGGGUGCUGGGGCAGCUUCAGCCAAGGCCCUGGGCCCUGCCCUGUGCAAAAAAGACUUCGCCUACUUUUCCCCCGAAUUCUGGAAAAGAAAAACCUUAAACCGGGGUGAUGGAUUGCAGGCUGGCCAGGCAUCGAAUUGGCCCUUGGGACCUUGUUUGGUGUUAGUUCAGGAAUUUGCCAACGCCCGAUUGGUCCCCGCGGCAACGCACGAGGUCAUCUGCCCACAACGUCGAUUGCGGGUAUCGCAACCAUGCGGGAGCUUGUUUGUCCAUUACGGGGUGCCGAAUGCCCCUGGCUCCGAUAUCGAUCCGUACGUGUCGGAUGCCACAUGCAACUUCGUCUCCAUGGUGUUCGCCCAGGGCUCGUCAGACGCUUCCGGGGAAACGCGCUGGGAACUCGUCCAAUUCGGGGUCCCGCCAGCGUAACCUCAUGGGUGGAAACGACAUGCGCUAUCGUGGUGCUCACCGAACUCCGUGUUGGAAAACUUCAUAGAAGGAUAGGAAUGUUAAAACGCUGUCGAUGAAAGGAGGGAGGUAUAUAAAUAAGAAACCUAAACGCCACCAAGUUCCCUUCUAGAGUAUCUCGUCCCAAGGCCGCCCACGCUGCAAACAAACGCCAGGCUGAGAGGUAUCUUAUGCAAGCAAGUCGCAGUUUCCAACAGCUCAAAUGUAAAAAAAAAAAAAAAA